GAGCAAGCGUGUGAUGAUUUAAUGAUAUGCUAUUUUCGUGAAUUCCUUCCUCAUCACACUCAAAUCCAAACACUAACCUUUGAUUACAAAAAAAAAAAAAGAAAAAAAAGAAUCAAACAUUUUGUGGAGAAGAAGAAGAAGAAGACCUCUCCUCUCCAAAUUUCAAUCGAAUUGAAUUCGCUCCCCGGGAGACGUGAUCCGAUCUCAUCUUCGCGUUCUAUAUAUAUCCUAAGAUGGAAGUCGAAGAAGAAGUAAAACGAAUGGUGGAGGAGGUUAAAGAGCUCCACGACUCCGCCGCUUCCUUCAUCUCUUCUUCUUCCCACCAAGAGCUCACCCUCCGUCAAAAAGCCUCCUCCCUCGACGCAUCCCUCCGCCGCCUCCACUCAACUCUCGCCUCCGACAAGCGUCUCGAUCCCAAGCUCCUCGAGAAGCUAGAGGAAGAUCUGCAUCGUGCUAGAUGCAUGCUCGCUGAUGGAGAUCUCUCUUCCUUCCUCCCAUCCAAACCCCAAGGACGGUUUGUGAGAAUGUUUCUGGGGCCUGUGAAUGUUCGAGCCUCGCGUAAAGAGAUUCAGCUCAAAGUCAAAGAAGAAUACAAUAGCUACAGAGACAAGACUGCUCUUCUCUUUCUUUUCUUCCCUGCAGCACUUAUGAUUCUCAGAUCUUAUUACUGGGAUGGUUGCUUGCCUGCCUUUCCUGUUCAGCUCUAUGAGGCUUGGCUGUUGUUCCUCUAUGCUGGGUUGGCUAUGCGAGAGAACGUAUUAAGAGCCAACGGGAGCGAUAUCCGUCCAUGGUGGCUAUAUCAUCACUACUGUGCCAUGGGGAUGGCCCUUGUCAGCCUCACAUGGGAAAUCAAAGGUCAACCAAACUGUGUCCAGAAACAGAGAGGAGUUCAUCUCUUCCUGCAAUGGGCUAUGAUGCAAGGUGUUGCCAUGCUUCUGCAAAACAGAUACCAACGCCAACGAUUAUACACUCGCAUAGCACUGGGAAAGGCUAAGAGAAUGGAUGUUGUGUGGGGAGAAACGGCUGGAGUUGAUGGACAGCUAUGGCUGUUAUGUCCUAUACUCUUCAUUUUACAGGGGUUUCAAGCAUACGUUGGACUGCUGUUACUAAGGGCAGCAUUAACAGGAGUUGUUGCUGAGUGGCAGGUGACGGUUUGUGGCAUUCUUCUGGUAGUGAUGGCUGUUGGAAACUUCAUAAACACAGUAGAGACAUUGAUGGCAAAGUCGAGGGUUAAGGCAAAGAUGAAGAAAAGCAAAAGCAGAGCAGAGCUUAAUCACACUUCAUAGUUCUCAACUCUGGGGUCUCUUGUCUCUUUCUCGCAUUUCAUAAAUUUUGUUUUUUUUUUUUAAGGCCACGAAAGUCUCAUCCUGGGAUUCUGAAAACUAUGAACAUCCUUUUCUGUGUAUAUGGAAGUGGCAGUUGAUAUUUGAUGGUCUUUUGUUGUAUUUGUAUAAUUUUAACUGAUAUUUUAUAGGCUUCUCUCUUAAGUGUCA